GCUAUUGUCUGCUUUAAAUAACGUAUACACAAGGUUACAUUUAGUCUAUUGAUACACUGAACCGCCACUGCGACAGACCGAUGCAAGAACAACCAUGAGGGGAAAAGCUGAAGCUGAAGAGCUAAUUCAUUAAAACCGGGCUGACCCCUGUUGGCCCCUGAACCCGACUUUGGACCACAUUUGGUCCAACCUAAACCAGUUACCUUCGCAGACUGGUCGUUACAGCCGGGGACAUGCUCGCAUGGCCUUUUAAUGUGAGGAAAAGUACACCAUCAUGGAUGAUUCGGACCAGGAUUUUGAAGAUCCGUGCUCAAAGCUGCUGAAACGGGUCCGAAAGAAACCAGGUGAGUCCAGGCCGCCACGGAAAGCAGAGCGUAAGCCCUCCAGUCAGGCAAGUGAGGGCGACACCAGAAGGAAAAAUAACAAAAAGAAUGGCGACUCUGGGUCUAAGGUCGCUGGGUCCCAGUCACUGGUCUGCACUGGAGCAGGCCAGCAUACGGUCAGUGGGGGGACUGGACGUGAUUCAGGGGAUGCUCCGUCGUCGCCUGUGCCUUCAGCAGCAGCAGAGCCCAGAUCUGAGAAAGGUCUGACAGCGAAAGACAAAGUACUCCUCAGAAUGCAGCAGUUCAAGAGAGCCAGUCCUCAGAGGAUGGUGCACAGGGACAACAGCCAGCCAACAAACCAUGAGAGCUCCCGUGGUCCUCAUCCACAGCCACAAAGACAAGGUCCUCCAGACCCCGGCAGCUCUGGUCUCCACCCGGACAAUGACGAGGCAUUGGCCCAGCGGCUGCAGCAGGAGCUGGACAGGGAAGCAAUGGACUCUGAGACGGUGGACCUGGAGGACAGAGGCCUCUUCUUCUGUCAGAUCUGCCACAGAGACCUGUCACACAUGACCUCUGAGGGGCGAACACGGCAUCUCAACAGGUGUUUAGAUGAGAGUGAAGAGAGCGCCCCAGCUCCUCCUCCUCCUCCUCCUCCUCCUCCCCCUCCUGGUAUCCCUGACUGUCCCAUGUGUGGCAAGAGGUUCAAGUCCCAGAAGAGUCGCUCUGCCCACCUGAAGCGCUGCUCCUCAGACAUGGGCAUCGCUCCGGCUGUGUUGCUGCAGGUUCUGCAGAGACAGGCUGAAGAGACCCAGAAUGUCCCCACUGCUGACACACUCGCACAGACUGGAGGUACUAAAAGGAAAGGCCCCCCUAAGCCGGGUCUCCCUGCAAGGAAGAGGCCCAGGAAGAAGAAUGAUCCCAUGGACGAAGACACCAUGGUUGCUCUGGCUCUGUCCUCGUCCCUGCUGGAACAGGAGAGGGAGUCAGAGAGAGCGUUACAAACCCAGACCGCUUCCUCUCACAGCUCCAUGACUUCAGUGCUGAAGUGGAGAGCAGAUGCAGGUAAGGGGCGUGGAAAGAAGAAAAAGGGCGCCGUCCCUUGUCCUCCUCCGCUCCUCCUCGUUCAGGAUGCUCAGGCGGCCCUGACGAGGCUGCAGGAACGCGUCUCUGCUCUCCUCCUACGCAGCCGGCCCCCCUCUCCCCUAACCCCGACCCGCUGUCCAAGCAGUCUGCCUGGCUGGGACGGUGCUGCCCCCCUCUGGCAGAAAAGCAAGCUGCUGAAGGGUGACUUCACCGGUCCGUAUGAUUUCUACACUCCAGAGCUCAGAGAGUUCUUUACACCUUGGGAAUCAGCAACGAGUGACACAGCCUCCUCCGAAACCAGCAACAAGCCCAAGUCCUCUCUCCAGCCUUUGAGUGAAGGGACUCCUGUCUCAGGGACCAGGGCCCCCAUCCUGCCAUCAUCCUCCCAGACUGCAGCCUCCUCCCCAGCUCCCUCCACCCCGGGGACAGGGCAGCUCUCAGUAGGCAGCCAGGCCCUGUUUGACCUGAUGGAGCUGGCUGAAGACGGCAUGACCCUCACACAGUACGGAUACGCUACCUCAGGCCCCGACAAAGACAAGCAGAGCAGUGCCAAUCUGUCCACAAACCUUCAUCUCAGCGGCUUUGUCCUGGAGGAGGCAGAGGAGCAGGCUGAUCUGUGUGUGAGCGGAUUCUUACCAGAAACCGCACACACACACUCAGAGGACACACACAGCCAAGCGAGGAGGAAAACUCAUCAGCCAAGAGCAGAUAAAGAGCGAGGCAGCCACCGAUCAGUAGCACUGUCCAGACUGGCUUCAGACCUGAGCAGCAUGGUGAACAACCCUCAGCUCAGUGACUUGCAGCUCCAGGUGGACAGCGGAGAGGUCUUCUUCGCCCAUUCCUUCAUGGUGUACGCUCGCUGCCCCCUGCUGGCAGAAAUGGUUCAUGAAAGUGGUUUUGGGGUGCAGGAGGAGGGCAUGCCCGUGGGCCAGAGGGUGUUGAUGAGUGACGUGCCGGGACAGGCAGUGUUCACCCUGCUGCAGUACCUCUACACAGCCCACUGCUCCAUCCCAGCCACACUGCGGCCUCAUUUGCAGGAGCUGGCGUCCAGGUUUGACUUGCAGGAGCUACAGCAGCUUUGUGAGCUCCACCGAGAUGAGCCAGCAAGUGAGGGAGAUGAGGCAGACGACAUGAACCAGGUCGAGAGUGUCAGCGACCAAACAGACCAGGCUUUCAUGGAGCUUCUCCGCUCUAUGUGGAAUGAAAACGAAGACGAAGAGGGGCUGGACACCGAUGAAGGAAAGGAAGAAGAGAGAGAGUUGGAAAAAGAUCGCCAAACCGGCGACGUUACAUCUGGUGAGAGAGAGAUUUGUGAAGAACAAGUGAAUGAGGAAGAGCUGGAGGAGAUUUAUGAGUUUGCUGCCACACAGAGAAAGAGGGAGGAGGAGAAAGACAGUGUGGAGGAGGAGGAGGAGGAAAAGGUAGAUGAUGGAGAAGAAGUGUUCACAAAACUGACAGAACCUAAAAGAGGUUUGAGCCAGAAAACUCUGAAGCCAAACUCUCAACUCGAGCCAGACCCCAGCCAUGAUCAGAGCUACAGCCGCCUCUUCUCAGAUUCUUAUGGAGUCUAUGAGGAAAAAGACCCCUCCUCCUCACCCUCAACCUCUGCCCCACCAAAGGCACACACCUCUCAAUCCCACAAACACCAAUCCCCUCGUAAACCUUCAUGCGAACUGUCCGGCAGAACUUUACUUCAGUCCUCACCAAGCAUAGUCGAUGACUUUUCCUCCAGCCCUCCAGCCAGUGCAUCCAACCUGCCUAUCACAGGUCUGUCCCCUGGUCAAGUGGGUGACUGGGCUGGUGGUAGAGACAAGGGGACAGAUGCUGUUGAACUGGACAUGCGUAAAGAAUGUCUGUCCUUGAAGCGAGAAAGCCAAGGUCCUUUUCGUAUUUGUGCUCCCAUUUCAACGGAUUCCCCCCUGAAACAGAAGGAACCUGAGCUCAUAGUUUUGUCCGACUCAAGUGAGGAGACGGAGGAAGAUGUUGCUGUUCUUAGUUCCCGCAGUCCUUCACCACAUUCUCCUUACACUGUCCAGAACCUGCAGAGAUACACCCGGAUCAAACCUCAGUCAAUCCCUAAACCUGACCAGCCCAUCAUGGAGAACAAAGUGUCCAGUAGUUUAGAGUUUAUUCCUGAUGAUCCAUCUGCACCCUCGGUUCAACACCGUCCGGGUUCCAGUUGUGAUCAGAGUCCAGUAAACGGUUCUCUAGAAGUUUCCUGGCUGAUCCCAACCACGCCGGUGCAGCCUGGACGAUGCACUAGAACCAACUCCACCCAGACCAAAAGCAGCAUGCGCAGGACGAAGCUCUUCUCUAAAGGUGAUACUUCCUCACUCUCUUCUGUUUUCUCUUCUCCUGCUCAACCGCUUCACAACAGACUUCAGACCUCAGGCAGCACAACCAGUGCUUCUGCUCACAUCGGCCCUACAGAGGGCAGUGUUCCCAGGCUGAAACUGGAUGAGACGAUUCCCUGUAGCUCCAGCUUGGAUCUCGACUUUUCCCCUAAAAGAACCAGUAGAUCUGAUCCUCCACAGCAGCCUAAUCUUUCGCACAUCUCGAGCUCGACUCACCGUCGUCCCCUCCAGGCUUCUGUAAAGCAGGAUACACCGCUCCACAAUCAGCCACAGCCCUACAGCAGCACUCCCCUGCACACAGAGCUCCACCAUCCCUCUGUCCUUCUUGCUGCCUCCCCACUCCACAGCAGCCUCGAUAAGCAGAGGUCGACCAGUGAAGGAAGGGAUAGGGCAGCAUCUGAAAGCCCAGAGAAGACAGAGUUAGGGAGCUUUCAUCUCUCCCCCUUGUCUGACCCUUCGAAUCCACGCUCUUCUUCGUCUCACAGGGGUCUUCAGAGUUCACCGAGACACAGAAAGUCCUCCAGUGAAAGUCGACAUUCUCUUGAGUCCAGCAGUCAUAAGAACACAGGGGCUAAGCUCAAGAUGAGAAGAAUAAGAAAUGAGGAAGGAGAAAGGGAGAGAGAGAGCAAAAAUAAAGACACAUGUGAUGAAGGAGCGCAGGAAGAAGCAAAAGAUGAAAGUGGAGGGGCAGAGUCCAGUUUCCAGCAGAGCUUCAUGGACGAGCCUCCCAUAGCUUUUAACGACUCGUGGGGUCUCGACGCCUGUGUGGAGGCCAACCCAGGCUGCUUCAGUCUGAGGCUGGAGGACAGCGGAGGAUCUGACCAGCAGGAGCGCAGCCAAGGACAAAGAGAAACUGCCAGGUCAUCGUCCUCUACUGACUGUCAGCCUCCACCGUCUAGUCACUGUUUCCAGUCAUCAAAGAGCUGUGGAACUGUGAUUAACUCCUCGCCAUCCAAAGUCCAAGGUCCAAAACCAUCCAGCACCGCACAGACUCAUACAAACCCGUCCUUCACCCCGUCACCACCGGGACCUAACAACAGCCUCCCGGACUCCAAAACAUGGGACAGCUGGGAUGAGGAAGAGGAGGAGGCUCUUCCUCUCUCUCUGAGGGUGAACCCGUCUGCUCAGCUGAAAACCCCAGCAACUUCACACAAUAAAAAACGUUGCCCCUUGGUGCCCAUCACUCCCCUGCCCCACUACUCUGACAUGGACACACCGGAUCUGAAGAACAAACUCAGCAGGUUCGGCGUUCGGCCUUUACCAAAGCGCCAGAUGAUCCUCAAACUGAAGGAGAUCCACCAGUACACCCACCAGCUGGUCAGCUCGGACUCUGAGGAGGAUGAGGCGCCCUCUGCGGGGCGCACUGCUCAGAUGAAGCCCCCUACUACGAGUUCAACAUCGGUUGGCAGCAGGCCAGUCUCCUGUGCCCAGACAGUGAAGUUUAAAGAGCCCAGAGCCCCCGCUGCCGUCUCCCCACUGAAACGCAGAGGAGAGGAGGAGGAGGGGGAGCUGCUCUCUGCCUCACAGGGCUCCAACACUUCUUCAACUGCUGCCAGUGAAGAGUCUGAACGGUCCAACCCUGAGCUGUGCCUCUCUUCUGGCGACUCAGACAGUGAUGGCGGCAUCUCCGCCUCCCAGGCUGCGACUCGCCUUCAGGAUCGCCUCCAGGCAGUGCGCUCCUUCAUCCUGUCGGACUCCAGGCUGUACAGUCAGAUCCUCCAAUACCAGCCCCUGGUCCUCUCCCAGCUCCAAGAGAGACUCAAGGCCGCCGGGAUCCGCCUCGGCGCCGCCAAGCUGGUGGACUACCUGGACUCUCAGUGCAUCACCUUUACCACGGCCAAGCCAGGCCACUCCGCACCGAGCCGCAGGCGGGGCAAGUGGGCAGGCAAGGGAGCAAAAGCAGGGGGUGAAAAAAGAGUGAACGGGAAAAAAGCGGUUACAGCCAUGAUUUAAAACUUUGGCUGCAAGAAGUAGCAGGUUUUACUUCAGUGUUUGAAAUAUUCGUCUGAAAAUAACUUUUGGGGAAGGAAGCUGAGAAAUUUAAAUUAUGAUGAUUAUAUAUUAUAUUUUUAAAAAUAUUGUGUGGCUGUUCCUGGAUAGUCAGAACUCAGCUGAUCCUUCAGGUUUGCCCCGUAGUCACAAACUCUCCUCCAUUCAAAAACCAUCCUAGAGCAGCCACUUUGAUGUACAUGUCUUAGAUUUUACACACCCCCUGUUAUAUUUGUCAUCAAGAUGACACUUACCAUUUUGUAUUUUACCUCUCUUAAUAUCAAGUCAGGAAUUUGUGCAAACCAAGACAAAAUGAAUUAAAUUCAAAGAAAAGAUUAAACACGGGAAAUUUUUGAAAAACA